CUCCUGCUGAAGCGACUGAUCUCCACACUGUUAUAAAGAUGGUGUUUAUUAAAGAGGAGAGUGAAGAUGUGAAGAUUGAAAAAACAUUCAGAGUCAAACAGGAAGAUCUGCAGGAACAAACAGACUUAAUUGAAGAGAAUGAGGGGAGUAAAGAGGAGAAACAUCAUGUCAAAAUUGAUGAAAAAAGUCAAUUACAGACUGAUGGUAUUUUGAAAAGGAGAGACAAGAAUUGUUUCACCUGCACUCAGUGUGGAAAGAGUUUUGCAAGACAAAGCAGUCUUAAAAUUCACAUGAGGAUCCACACUGGAGAGAAACCAUUCACAUGCACCCAGUGUGGGAAGACUUUCAGCCAAAUAUCAGCCCUUAGCAAACACAAAAAAAUCCACACUGGAGAGAAAUCUUUCACAUGCACUCAGUGUGGGAAGAGUUUCAGCCAAUCAUCAUCCCUUAAUAGUCACAUGAGGAUCCACACUGGAGAGAAACCAUUCACAUGCAAUCAGUGUGGGAAGAGUUUCAGCAUAUCAUCAUCCCUUAAUCUACACAUGAGGGUCCACACUGGAGAGAAACCAUUCACAUGCACUCUGUGUGGGAAGAGUUUCAGCCAAUCAACAAGCCUUAAUGAACACAUGAAGAUCCACGCUGGAGAGAAACCAUUCACUUGCACUCAGUGUGGGAAGAGUUUCAUCCGCUCGUCAUCCCUUAAUAUACACAUGAGGAUCCACACUGGAGAGAAACCAUUCAAAUGCACUCAGUGUGGGAAGAGUUUUAACAACUCAUCAAACCUUAAUCAACACAUGAGGAUCCACACUGGAGAGAAACCAUUCAAAUGCACUCAGUGUGGUAAGAGUUUUAAGUACUCAUCAAACCUUAAUCAACACAUGAGGAUCCACACUGGAGAGAAACCAUUCAAAUGCACUCAGUGUGGGAGAAGUUUUAGCAAAUCAUCAUCCCUUAAUCUUCACAUGAUGAGCCACACUGGAGAGAAAUCAUUCACCUGCUCCUAAGCCGUGGUCACACUGGACUUUUCUCCCCAUAGACUUCCAUUCAUACGCACAUGAGUGCGUCAGACCGGAAACGCAAGUUCUUGCAUCAAGUUUCGCAGUUCACUACCUUGCAAAGUUCAAGCUUGGUGAACUCUGACCUGCAAAAUCGCAUCACUUGACUGUGUCAGACCAAUCGAAGAUCAAAACAUGACCUCGCUGGACCAAAAUGUAAAAUAUGGACCAAUCGCUCACUUUUUUUAAAAUGUCUAAUCAUCUCGUUUAAUCCUGCCCCUUUUCGCAGAGCUGUACAACAGAAUUUUGCAUGCUCAAACUCUAGUGUGACCGCAGAUUCAGUGUGAGAUGAGUUUCAGCAACUCCUCAGACCUUAAACACAUGAAGAUCCAUGCUGUGAAAGAGUAUAUGUGCUUGAGUGUGAAAAGAUUUUUAUUACAGCUCCAAAAUUGAAACUGCACCAGACAAUUCACACUGGAGAGACCGUACAAGUGUUCACCAUGCUACAAGAGGUUUAAUCAGUGAACACAUCUGAAAACACAGAAGAGGAUUCCCACUGGAGAGAAACUGUACAGAUCUGAUCAGUGUCUACAGAGUUUCGCUCAUUCGGCGCAGCUUAAGAAACACAUGGACAAAAAGUUGCACACAUAACAUAAAUGCAGCAAAACAUUUUCACAUGUGCAAAGGAUGUUUUAUGUCUGAAUAAUUUUUGAAAAGGCUGAGUGACGGUAUACUGUUUUCCAACACUCCUACACUGCAGUAGGUGGGGUUGUAAAUGUGUUGCGUUCCUUGCGUUUACCGUAAACACGAUGGUGGCUGAGAGAAGAACAGUUUCAUAAACAUCUGGCAAACAGCACGUCUGCGGCUUAAAAUCUCUUUGAAAUUUAUUGUACAGGUGCGGAUACAUCUGUACUCCACUCUCUAGUGUAUUCAUGUAGCUAGUGUUGUUUUAGAUGAUGUUCUUUGUCUGAAUCCCUGAAUGAGAAAUGAGAAAUUUUUUAUCUUCAUUAUUAUCCCUAGACAUUUGCUGGUUGCUUUGAUUGAUUGU